AUGGAUCUCAUAAUUACACAUUCCCCAAACCCCAGCCGCAGAAAGUUCAAGCUUCGAGCUUCAUCUACGGCAGGCCCAAAUGGCGCUGACGGCUCUUCUUGGUCACAGUCAUUGGAACGUGCUUCGAGGCGCUUCUUAGUGAAAUUCGGAGAUUUGGUGAAGAAGGAGACGGGUGUUGAUUUGAGAGAUAGUGUUGUGGAUGGUGUCAAGAAUUUUGGAAGUGAGUUUCCAACUCCUUCGCUGUCCGAGUUUGUGGAUUGGAACCGGUUUGAAUAUUGGAAGAAUGUUAAGAAUUGGGAACCUAGGCGAAUCGGUGCUUUACUUCUGUAUAUAUUUGUUGUGGCAUUUGCUUCUAGAGGAGUAUAUGUGGCAAUUCGAGCACCAUACGUAAAUCGCCAAAGGAAAGAGUUGACUGAAGCCUACAUGGAAGCGUUAAUUCCCGAGCCAUCCUCGACUAACAUCAGAAGAUUUAAGAAGGGUUUGUGGAGGAAGACAAUGCCAAAAGGCCUGAAAAUGAAAAAGUUUAUUGAAAGACCUGAUGGAACACUUGUUCAUGAUACCACUUAUGUUGGAGAGAAUGCUUGGGAGGAUGAUCAAGAAUCUUCCGAGGAACAUGUACAACAACCUAUAGAGGAUGAUGAAAGGUUUGAUAGUGAAGAGAAGGAAGAACUAACCCAAGACCUGGCGAUUUCAGGCAAAGUUAAAACCGAGGGCACAUGGCGCGAAAGACUUCAUAAAUGGAGGGAAAUCCUUGGAAAAGAGCAUCUCACUGAGCAAUUAAAUUCCUUAAAUACCAAAUAUGCAGUUGAGUUUGACAUGAAAGAGGUUGAAAGUAAUCUUCGCAAGAAUGUGGCAGAAAAGGCCAUAGCCAUUCAGGGAACAAGAAGUGUGUGGAUAGCUAAGAGAUGGUGGCGUUAUCGUCCUAAACUUCCUUACAACUAUUUUCUUGAUAAACUUGAUAGUUCCGAGGUAGCAGCUGUUGUCUUUACGGAAAACAUGAAAAGAUUGUAUGUGACAAUGAAAGAAGGUUUCCCAUUGGAAUAUGUUGUUGAUAUCCCUCUGGAUCCUUAUCUUUUUGAGAUCAUUACAAGUUCUGGAGUGGAAGUAGAUCUCCUUCAGAAGCAACAAAUCCAUUAUUUUUUGCAAGUUGUGAUUGCAAUUUUACCUGGAAUACUAAUUCUAUGGUUUAUACGGGAGUCUGUGACCCUUCUGCACAUCACUUCCAAUCGAUUUAUUUACAAGAAGUAUAACCAACUCUUUGAUAUGGCUUAUGCAGAUAAUUUCAUUAUGCCAGUUGGAGAUGCUGGUGAAACAAAAUCUAUGUCCAAGGAAGUUGUGUUGGGAGGUGAUGUUUGGGAUCUGCUGGAUGAGUUGAUGAUCUAUAUGAGAAAUCCUAUGCAAUUCUAUGAAAGGGAUGUGAAGUUUGUUCGGGGUGUUCUACUCUCUGGACCUCCAGGAACAGGAAAAACGCUUUUUGCAAGGACACUAGCAAAACAGAGUGGUUUGCCUUUUGUUUUUGCUUCUGGUGCUGAGUUUACAGAUAGUGAAAAGAGUGGAGCAGCUAGGAUUAAUGAGAUGUUUUCCCUUGCUAGGAGAAAUGCACCUUGUUUUGUAUUUGUAGAUGAAAUAGAUGCCAUUGCUGGAAGACAUACUAGGAAGGAUCCACGUAGAAGAGCAACUUUUGAGGCUCUUAUUUCACAGCUUGAUGGAGAGAAGGAAAAAACUGGUGUUGACCGUCUAUCUCUCAGACAAGCGGUCAUAUUUAUCUGUGCCACAAAUAGGCCAGAUGAAUUAGAUCUUGAGUUUAUUCGACUUGGAAGAAUUGAUCGUCGUUUGUACAUUGGCUUGCCUGAUGCAGAUCAAAGAGUCAAAAUUUUUGACGUGCACAGUUCUGGAAAGCAACUUGCAGAGGAUGUGCAUUUCACCAAGCUUGUCUUCCGUACAGUUGGUUUCUCUGGAGCAGAUAUAAGAAACCUUGUCAAUGAAGCAGCAAUAAUGUCGGUGAGAAAAGGGCAUUCCAAAAUUUUCCAGCAAGACAUUGUUGAUGUUCUAGAUAAACAGCUGCUUGAGGGUAUGGGUGUUCUUAUCACCGAGGAUGAACAAAAAAAGUGUGAAGAAAGAGUAUCUUUUGAAAAAAAGAGACUGCUGGCUGUACAUGAAGCCGGUCAUAUUGUGCUUGCUCACUUAUUUCCUCGGUUUGACUGGCAUGCAUUCUCACAGCUUCUGCCCGGUGGUAAGGAAACUGCAAUAUCUGUUUUCUACCCUCGAGAAGAUACGGUAGACCAAGGUUAUACAACUUUUGGUUACUUGAAAAUGCAAAUGGUAGUGGCCCAUGGUGGUCGAUGUGCUGAACAUGUUGUAUUUGGUGGUGAUAUUACUGAUGGAGGAAGGGAUGAUCUAGAAAAGAUAACAAAGAUUGCUAGGGAGAUGGUCAUCAGCCCUCAAAAUAGAAAGUUGGGGUUAAUAGCUUUAACAAAAAGAGUUGGCUUAGCUGAUCGGCCAGACGCUUCAGAUGGCGAUUUGAUAAGAUAUAGAUGGGAUGAUCCUCAAGUAAUUCCUACAAAAAUGUCGGCAGAGUUAUCUGAGCUAUUUAUGCGGGAGUUGACAAGGUACAUUGAAGAAACUGAAGAACUUGCAAUGAAUGCUUUGAUGGAUAAUAAGCACAUCCUGGACUUGAUUGCAAGAGAACUAUUGGAGAAGUCAAGAAUAACUGGAUUGGAGGUUGAAGAAAAAAUGAAAACAAUGUCUCCGGUAAUGUUUAAGGACUUUGUGAAGCCAUUCCAAGUAAAACUUGAAGAGGACCGACCAUUACCGCACAAUGAUAGUCUACGGUAUGAGGCACCUGAUAUAUAUCCGGCUCCUCUCCAUAGAUGUUAA